UCUCGCCGUCGUAAUACAGCCAACUGCAACAGCAGGGGAAACUGACGCAAACCAAGUUAACAGUCACAUCUUAUCUGGAUAAGUGCUGCAAAGUUAUAAGGGAUACAUGUGUGUGUAGUCUUUAAUAUUAAAAAUGAUCGCUGGUAGAUAGCCACAGAAGUCGGAUCACAGUUUACCUGAGAGGAUCAGCUCCACAGCUGAAGACUUCUCCACGCUGCUGUCAAACUCAGGUGGUUGUGUGUGUGAAGGUGUGAGCUCUGCUAUGAAUCCCUGUGAGGACACUGAACCCGCUCUGAGUGGGGACCCUGAACGCCUCACCAAAGCUCAGAGCCCAGAGCAGCAGCCUGGACCUGGACCCAGCUGUGUGUCCAUGAAGAGUGACCGGUCGAGGCGUGAACCAAUCUAUUUUAAAGGCCGCCCUUCAGAGACAGAGAGGAGGCUGGAGGAACCUGAGCCCAGCUGUGUGUCCAUGAAGAGUGACUGGUCUAUGGGGGAACCUAUUCGCUUCAAAGAUGGACGACACUCUGCUGGUCAAAGGAGGAGGCUGGAGGAACCUGAGCCCAGCUGUGUGUCCAUGAAGAGUGACUGGUCUAUGUGGAAACCUAUUCACUUCAAAGAUGGACGACACUCUGUUGGUCAAAGAGAGGACCAGCAGAGCUCAGAGGUUCCCAGAGGUCAGUCUGCCCAGCAGCAUCAGACACAGCUGGACUCCACAUUUAUGCUGCUGGAGGACAACAUCAUCACUUUUGUGAAGAACGAGCUGAAGAAAAUCCAGAAGGCUCUGAGUUCAGAUUACCCAGAAUGCUUAGAGAGUCAGAGUGAGGAUGAGGAGGUGUUGGACGGUGAGGAUGAAGAGCAGAGGAGGAGCAGCAGAGAGGCAUUUCUGAACAUCUCACUGCACUUCCUGAGGAGCAUGAAGCAGGAGGAGCUGGCUGACCGUCUGCAGAGCAGAAGUCGUUCUGGAGUGUGUCAGCGUAAACUUAAGUCUAACCUGCAGAAGAGGUUCCAGUGUGUGUUUGAGGGCAUUGCUAAAGCAGGAAACCCAACCCUUCUGAACCAGAUCUACACAGAGCUCUACAUCACAGAGGGGGGGUCUGCAGAGGUCAAUGCUGAACAUGAGGUCAGACAGAUUGAAACAGCAUCCAGGAAACCAGACAGACCAGAAACAACCAUCAGACAAGAAGACCUCUUUAAAGCCUCACCUGGAAGAGAUGCACCAAUCAGAGCAGUGCUGACAAAGGGAGUGGCUGGCAUUGGGAAAACAGUCUUAACACAGAAGUUCACUCUGGACUGGGCUGAAGGCAAAGCCAACCAGGACAUCCAGUUCAUAUUUCCAUUCACCUUCAGAGAGCUGAAUGUGGUGAGAGAGAACAAGUACAGCUUGGUGGAACUUGUUCAUCACUUCUUCCCUGAAACCAGAGACGCAGGAAUCUGCAGGUUUGAUCAGUUCCCGGUCGUGUUCAUCUUUGACGGUCUGGAUGAGUGUCGACUUCCUCUGGACUUCCUCAACACUGAGAUCCUGACUGAUGUCACAGAGUCCACCUCAGUGGAUGUGCUGCUGACAAACCUCAUCAGGGGGAAGCUGCUUCCCUCUGCUCGCCUCUGGAUAACCACACGACCUGCAGCAGCCAAUCAGAUCCCUCCUGAGUGUGUGGACAUGGUGACAGAGGUCCGAGGGUUCACUGACCCACAGAAGGAGGAGUACUUCAGGAAGAGAUUCAGAGAUCAGGAGCAGGCCGGCACCAUCAUCUCCCACAUCAAGACCUCACGAAGCCUCCACAUCAUGUGCCACAUCCCAGUCUUCUGCUGGAUCUCUGCUUCAGUUCUGGAGGAGGUGUUGAAAACCAGAGAGGGAGGAGAGCUGCCCAAGACCCUGACUGAGAUGUACAUCCACUUCCUGGUGGUUCAGUCCAAAGUGAAGAACAUCAAGUAUGAUGGAAGAGCUGAUACAGAUCCACACUGGAGUCCAGAGAGCAGGAAGAUGAUGGAGGCUCUGGGGAAACUGGCUUUUGAGCAGCUGCAGAAAGGCAACCUGAUCUUCUAUGAGUCCGACCUGACAGACUGUGGCAUCGAUAUCAGAGCAGCCUCAGUGUACUCAGGAGUGUUCACACAGGUCUUUAGAGAGGAGAGAGGACUGUACCAGGACAAGGUGUUCUGCUUCGUCCAUCUGAGCGUUCAGGAGUUUCUGGCUGCUCUUCAUGUCCAUCUGACCUUCAUCACCUCUGGAGUCAACCUGCUGUCAGAAGAACCAACAACAUCCCAGCAGUCUAAAGCCUUCAGACCCAAACCUAAACUAACACAUCUCUACCAGAGUGCUGUGGACCAGGCCUUACAGAGUCCAAACGGACACCUGGACUUGUUCCUCCGGUUCCUCCUGGGUCUUUCACUGCAGACCAAUCAGAAACUCCUACGUGGUCUGCUGACACAGACAGGAAGUAGCUCAGAGACCAACAAGAAAACAGUCCAGUACAUCAAGAAGAAGAUGGAUGAGGAUCUGUCUCCAGAGAGAAGCAUCAACCUGUUCCACUGUCUGAAUGAACUGAAUGAUCGUUCUCUAGUGGAGCAGAUCCAACAGUCCCUGAGUUCAGGAAGUCUCUCCACAGAUAAUCUGUCUCCUGCUCAGUGGUCAGCUCUGGUCUUCAUCUUACUGUCAUCAGAAGAAGAUCUGGACGUGUUUGACCUGAAGAAAUACUCUGCUUCAGAGGAGGCUCUUCUGAGGCUGCUGCCAGUGGUCAAAGCCUCCAGGAACGCUCUACUGAGUGGCUGUAAGCUGUCAGAGAGAAGCUGUGAAGCUCUGUCCUCAGUCCUCAGCUCCCAGUCCUCUAGUCUGAGAGAGCUGGACCUGAGUAACAACGACCUGCAGGAUUCAGGAGUGAAGCUGCUGUCUGCUGGACUGGAGAGUCCACACUGUACUCUGGAGACUCUCAGACUGAGUGGCUGUAACCUGUCAGAGAGAAGCUGUGCAGCUCUGUCCUCAGUCCUCAGCUCCCAGUCCUCUAGUCUGAGAGAUCUGGACCUGAGUAACAACGACCUGCAGGAUUCAGGAGUGAAGCUGCUGUCUGCUGGACUGGAGAGUCCACACUGUACUCUGGAGACUCUCAGACUGAGUGGCUGUGACCUGUCAGAGAGAAGCUGUGAAGCUUUGUCCUCAGUCCCCAGCUCCCAAUCCUCUAGUCUGAGAGAGCUGGACCUGAGUAACAACGACCUGCAGGAUUCAGGAGUGAAGCUGCUGUCUGCUGGACUGGAGAGUCCACACUGUACUCUGGAGACUCUCAGACUGAGUGUCUGUAACCUGUCAGAGAGAAGCUGUGAAGCUCUGUCCUCAGUCCUCAGCUCCCAGUCCUCUAGUCUGAGAGAGCUGGACCUGAGUAACAACGACCUGCAGGAUUCAGGAGUGAAGCUACUGUCUGCUGGACUGGAGAGUCCACACUGUGAACUGAAGACUCUCAGGCUGUCAGGCUGUCUAGUCACAGUGGAAGGCUGUGUUUAUCUUGCUCUGAGAUCCAACCCCUCCCACCUGAGAGAGCUGGACCUGAGCUACAAUCAUCCAGGAGACUCAGGAGAGAAGGUGCUGUCUGCUGGACUGGAGGAUCCACUCUGGAGACUGGAAACGCUCAGGAUGGAGCCUGCUGGAGUCCGAUGGCUGAGACCCGGUCUGAGGAAGUAUUCCUGUGAACUCUCACUCGACACAAACACAGCUCACAGGAACCUCAAACUGUCUGAGGACAACAGGAAGGUGACAGGUGUGGAGGAGAAGCAGCCAUAUCCUGAUCAUCCAGAGAGGUUUGAUUACUAUCCUCAGCUGAUGUGCAGAGAAGCUCUGACUGGUCGCUGUUACUGGGAGGUCAAGUGGAGAGGAGAGGUUGAUAUAUCAGUGACUUACAGAGGAAUCAGCAGGAAAGGAAACAGACAGGACAGUGUGUUUGGAUAUAAUGAUCAGUCCUGGAGUCUGUACUGUUCUGGUGAUGGUUACGAUGUCAUUAACAAUAAGACAGUAACACACACCUCCUCCUCUUCUUCCUCCUCCUCCUCCUCUGGUAGAGUAGCAGUGUAUCUGGAUCAUCCUGCUGGCUCUCUCUCCUUCUACAGAGUCUCCUCUGACACACUGAUCCACACCUUCAGAACCACAUUCACUGAACCUCUCUAUGCUGGCUUUGCAGUUUGUUCUGGAUCAGUGUCUCUGUGUCCUCUGUAGGAGGAAGAGUCUCCUCCUCUUCCAGAAACUUCCUCCCUGCUGCCCAGAUAGUUCAGUCUGUUCAGGAUCACAGCUGAUGUUAGUUAGUACCACCCUCACUGUAAUAGAGGAGGAAGAGGAGGCUGAGGGAAGAGCAAAGGAUGCAAAACAUAUACUGUAUCUCUAUAUUGUGCAGUAAACAUAUAUUUCCCUUCAAUACUUUGCUCUACAUACAGUAAUUACCAAAAAUGCAGAAUGCACAGCGUCAACCUUUGAAAGCUAUAUCGAAAAACACGAGUUGAACAUUUUAAUAAAACAUUUUUAAAUGUAGACAUAUUAGAAACAGAAUAGAAGCAUUUUUAUUCACUCUAUGAUUUUCGAACAUCUUCAUUAUUGUAUAACCUGCUGAUCCAUAACAGUAACACUGAAACCAACUGAGUUUUCUUUUUAAUAAAUUGUGUUUGUUUGUUAAUGAAUAUAAUUCACAAAGCUCCUUCUCCCCAUUGAGAACAACGUUUCUCUGCUCUGAGUAAAUAGUACCUGAACAUCUGCUUUGUUUCUGAGUCUGUAAAUCAGUGGAUCAAAAUGUACAAAUCUUUGAUGAUCAUUUAAAAAAAAAGUUUCACUGUUUGUACAAAUACAGCAAAAAUGUUAAAUAAAUAAAACUGUAAUACAAGAUAUUAAAAUGUAAAGUGAUUUUAUAUUUUUCAUUAAAGGUCUGCCUGUA